UUACAGCUGUUUGUCGAAAAAGCAACCGCGCGCCAACUUCGCCGUAACGAUUUCUACAGCGAAGUUUUUGCAAUUUUCGCCGUCAAUAUCAGCGACAACAACAUCGCACUCAGCACCGCUCACGAUCAGAUACAGUUCAGACUCAGGCGUGAAAAUGGCUGACCAAAAAAUGCUGCAACAAACAUUGCUGGAGAGCGAUCCCGAGCUCGCUGAUAUCAUUAUGAAGGAGAAGAAGCGUCAGAUUGAGGGACUCGAGAUGAUUGCCAGCGAGAACUUUACCUCAUUGGCGGUAUUGGAAAGCUUAGGCUCGUGUCUGACCAACAAAUACUCCGAGGGUUAUCCAGGCAAGCGUUACUAUGGUGGCAAUGAGUUUAUUGACCAGAUUGAAUGCCUGGCUCAAAGCCGUGGCUUGAAUCUGUUCAAUCUGGAUGCAACCAAGUGGGGCGUCAAUGUGCAGCCCUAUUCGGGCUCUCCAGCCAAUUUGGCUGCCUAUACUGGCGUACUGCGUCCCCACGAUCGUAUUAUGGGCUUGGAUCUGCCCGAUGGUGGCCAUUUGACGCAUGGUUUCUUCACUGCCACUAAGAAGAUCUCAGCCACAUCGAUAUUCUUUGAGAGCAUGCCCUACAAGGUGAACCCAGAGACGGGUAUCAUCGACUACGAUAAACUGGCGGAGGCAGCAAAAACUUUCCGUCCUCAGAUUAUCAUUGCGGGCAUCUCGUGUUAUUCCCGACUGUUGGACUAUGCACGAUUCCGUCAGAUCUGUGAUGAUGUUGGUGCUUAUCUGAUGGCUGAUAUGGCUCAUGUGGCUGGUCUGGUUGCCGCCGAGCAGAUACCCUCACCGUUUGAGUAUGCCGACAUUGUGACAACCACAACGCAUAAAACGCUCCGUGGUCCACGUGCCGGCGUCAUCUUCUUCCGCAAGGGCGUGCGUUCGACCAAAGCCAAUGGCGAGAAGAUCAUGUACGAUCUGGAGGAUCGCAUCAAUCAGGCCGUCUUCCCAGCGCUGCAGGGUGGACCGCAUAACAAUGCCAUUGCUGGCAUUGCCACUGCCUUCAAGCAGGCCAAAUCGCCGGAGUUUAAGACGUAUCAGACACAGGUCAUCAAGAACGCCAAGACGCUGUGCAAGGGCCUCGUUGACUUGGGCUACAAGGUGGCCACCGGCGGCACCGAUGUCCAUCUCGUGCUGGUCGAUGUACGCAACGCGGGCCUGACUGGCGCCAAGGCUGAGCUCAUUCUUGAGGAAGUCGGCAUUGCGUGCAACAAGAAUACCGUGCCUGGGGACAAGUCGGCUCUGAAUCCUUCCGGCAUUCGUCUGGGUACACCAGCACUGACCACACGUGGUCUUCUGGAGAAGGACAUUGAGCAGGUUGUCCGGUUUAUCGAUUCGGCGCUCAAGAUUGCCGCCGAGGCUGUCAAGGCGGCGGGUAGUCCUAAAAUGGUUGACUACGUGAGCACGCUCAAGGAGAAUGCGGAGAUCAAGAAGAAGGUCGAGGAGCUGCACAGUUCUGUCAUCAAAUUCAGCUCCACAUUCCCUCUGCCUGGUCAAAAGACUCUGUAGAUUGGACAUCCACUUGCCUUUUAUCUCUUUCUUUUCUUUAUGUAUUUCUAACUCGAAAAUUUGUUUCAAAAUUCUCAGUAGAUCUGUGGAUGCCGAGUAUGAACCCUUCGGGCAUCUCGAACCUAAAAAUUCAUUUUCCAAUAUUUUGUAGAUAUUAAAAGAAAGUAAAUAACUUUCCGUAAAUUUAAAA